CCUACUUGGGUCUCCCCAUAAUUACUCCCUUCCUUCAUCGGGAGGCUACAAAUAGGGAUGUCCUGUCUCUGGGUUCCUCCACUUGAAACUCCAGCAUCAGUGUCAAUAUGGCCAGUCUUCUGGAGCAGGCGUUGGCUACUCUCGUGAACACCUUUCAGGAAUAUUCACAGUUCUCUGGAAACUCCCUCUGCCAGGCGAAGUUCAAGGAACUCCUGGAGAAGGAGCUGCCUACCUGGGCCCCGACGACGCUCCGGGAGUGUGACUACAAGCAGUUCAUCAGUGCCCUGGACACCGACAAGGAUGGCCAGGUGGAUUUUGUGGAGUACAUGCGCCUGCUCGCCUGCCUCUGCAUCUGCUGCCAUGAGUACUUGAAGGACAGCCCCCUGAAGCCCUCCUGCUCCCAGUAACGCGCAGGGCUGCUGUCAGAGGGCAGAGGAGGACAGCCCCCUGAAGCCCUCCUGCUCCCAGUCGGGCAAGGCUGCUGUCAGAGGGCGGAGGUUGGGGUCCUCUCGACCGCUCUGACUCUGCCCCAAGGUCAUUCUGGGCACGUCAGCUCUCCCCUUCCCAGCCCCCCAGGCUCCUCCUUCUAGAAUCUCCCAGGUUUGCCCCUGGUGUGUCAACCCAUGGGUCCAGGAGACACGAGGGGACCAUCCCCAGAAUCACAGCUAGUGAUCUAGCCAGCCGCUGCCUCCCCCCACCAGCUACAGCGGUGGUGGCUAUCAAGGCCCAGAAGAGCAUGUCUGGGAGAGAGAUUGUGGCGGCAAAGGCCUCUUUUGUUCCUAAUAAAGAACUGGCAUCACUUGG